AUGGAAACCCCACCCCUCUCCGAUUCUGAACAACACCCACCCUCUUCUCAAAACCCACCCCCGCCACCCAAUAUUGUCAUCAACCAAGAUCAUUCCUCUCUUCCCCUCACGGUUAUUCUUGAUGAUACAAAUUAUCCUUUGUGGUCACAGCUAAUGGAUAUGCGUAUUGGAGCUCGAAACAAAUCCGGGUUUCUCACCGGUGCCGCCAAGAAACCACCGCCCUCUGAUCCAACGUACGACGCCUGGGUCACCGAUAACAAACGAGUCAAGAGCUGGUUGAUUGAUGCUAUGAAUCCUGGUUCGAUGCAACGUUUCAUUCGGCUUGACACCGCUUCGGAGAUUUGGGACGCGGCUGCUCGAACAUUCUACGAUGGCUCCGACGAAUCAUGCUUGUUUGAUCUCAAUCAACGUUCGUUCUCUACCAAGCAAUCUGGCCGUCCCCUUUCCAUCUAUUUCAACGAACUCUUGUCUCUAUUUCAAGAGAUUGAUCACCGUUCCCAAUCGUCUUCCGCUACUGUUGAAGGUAUUAUCUCUGAUCACUCUGCUUUCUCUCGUCUGCGUGUUCAUAUUUUCCUGGCUGGUCUGGACUCGGAAUUUGAUCAAGUGCGGGGGAAAUUCUUCGGAAGGACCCCAAACUAG